AUGCAAUAUACGCCAUUCGCGUCGGACAUAGAACUGCCGUUCUAUACUGCUUUGGCAUCCUUGAAGAUCAACCAUGACAAACUUGAUGAUUCCACCAGAAGGCUGCUGGGUCUUUAUGAGAUCCGCCCCGCGGAUUCUCCCAACACAUCGUGUCGGAUGCAAGUACACGGAAAUGCUCUCACCAGCGAUGAGGUGCCAACCGGCUACUACCGAGCCGAAGGCACGAUGAAGAAUGUAAACACCAUCGAAGAAUACCGAAAUGUGGACAAAGCCUAUCUUCUCCGGGAAUCUGGCAGGACGAUAUGGGAGGCUAUAGUUGACGGUUCUAUCUACUCGUGCCCGUCUUUGCUUUCAUCCUUCCUCGUCCUCUCAUAUGCAGACCUCAAAAAAUAUAAGUUUCACUAUUGGUUUGCCUUUCCUGCACUUCAUUCAGACCCAUCUUGGACCACAACGGAUCCGUCGACACAAAUCACUAGCCGAGACCAGAUCGAAGAAAGUACCAAGCACGCCAAGGUCUUGUCAGACCUUGAAAAUUCGACGCUGAUAGAAGCGGUGCAGGCUUGGAGUUCUGGGGUAGAUGCUCAUCAACGCGGGUUUUUCUUGGCUCGCAAGGUGCGAGGCAGCGACGGCAAGGCGAAAUCUGACAACGAAGCGCAGUCUGCAGUGGAAAAUAGGACGUGCUGCUGGCAAGUCGAUGCCAUUGCGACCUAUGAGAACGGUUUCUUCGAUGGAGCGCGCUUUGAGGAUUGUUUUGUUUGUUUCGUGGAUCCUUCGAAUUACGAAAAUGCCCCCGGAUGGAUGCUCCGAAACCUACUGGUGCUUGCGAAACGACGCUGGGGACUUGACAGAAUCCAAAUUCUGAGAUAUCGUGAACCGAGUUCGAAGCGUGACCAGGGCCGCAGUAUACUGAUGACGUUGGCGUCACAGAGUUCUCAGACCACUCAGACCACUCAGGACACAGACACCAACCCUAUGCCAAAAGUAACUGGGUGGGAACGUAACGCAACAGGAAAGUUAACAGGAAGACUGGUUGAUCUUACCGAGUACUUGGAUCCUAGAAGGUGUCUUUUACUUGGAGCUGGUACCCUCGGAAGCUAUGUAGCCCGAAAUUUGAUGGGUUGGGGUGUUACUAAGAUCACAUUCGUGGACAAUGGAUCUGUGUCAUUUUCGAACCCUGUCAGGCAGCCAUUGUUUAAUUUUACAGACUGCUUGGGAGGAGGGGUCAAAAAGGCACACCGGGCAUCCCAGGCCGUGAAAGAGAUAUACCCCGGCGUUGAAUCUACCGGAUAUGAUUUCUCGGUCCCAAUGGCUGGCCACCCUGUGUUGGACGCUCAGAAAACCCGGGCAGAUUUUGAAACCCUUCGGAAGCUGAUCGAUGACCACGAUGUCGUGUUUCUACUUAUGGACACAAGAGAGUCACGCUGGCUACCAACCGUUAUGGGGAAAGCAGCUGGGAAAAUCGUUAUGAAUGCAGCGCUAGGCUUUGACUCUUUCGUGGUCAUGCGCCACGGUGUGAAAAAUGAUGAGCAUCAACAAGCAGAACUUGGGUGCUACUUUUGCAACGAUGUUGUUGCACCGAUUAAUUCGGUCAAGGACCAGACACUUGAUCAACAAUGCACAGUGACUAGACCUGGUGUAGCUGCCAUUGCCUCCGCUCUCUUAGUUGAACUGUUUGUUUCGCUCCUCCAGCAUCCUGACGGAGCUGCAGCCCCAGCCCCGGUAUCCCAAAGCGAUGAUCAAAAAGAUCACCCCUUGGGUCUAGUGCCACAUCAAAUUCGAGGAUUUCUCUCAAAUUUUCACAACAUUACUAUCCACGGGAGGAGCUACCCAUGUUGUAGUGCCUGUUCGGACAACAUUGUUGGCGCCUAUAAGAGACAAGGCUGGGAAUUUGUGCAGAAAGCAUUGAAUGAACCGGGGUAUGUCGAGGAAUUAAGCGGACUCAAGGAGGUUCAAUCAAAAGCCGAGGCAACGAUUGCCGACAUAGAAUGGGAUGAAUUGUCUGAAGAGGAAGAAGUGGCAAUAUAA